AUGCAUGGGUAUUUGUUGAUAAUAACCAUUUCAAUAGCGAAUAAAAAUGAUUUGAUAAAACUAUAGUAAAAAUUUGUAUGUAUCCUUCUUCAUCAUGAAUAAAUAAUAAGAAAUAAAUUAAUUUCAAUAAAUUAAUUUAAUAAAAUAUCAUGAAAAUAUUUAUAUAUAACUAAGAAUUUUUAUUUUAAUAAUGCCAUCUACUUAUCCAUAUCUCAAUCCUUGAUUUACCACCACUCUUUAUUUCAUCUGUCCUCUCUUUUCUAUUUUAUAUUCGAUUUUUAUAUUAUUAGUGACCUCUAUUUUACAGAUAGUAUCGAUGAUGGUUGUAUCUAAGUAAUCGAACAUGUCUGAUGUACUGUCAUUGCACAUUAUUAUUACUAUUAAUCUAAAUCAGUAGGUAAUCCUUCUAUUAGUUGUUGAAUGCAUGGGUCUACUUGAUUCAUUUUUCGAUUGGCUUGGUUUUGGUAAACGUGAAGUUAAUGUAUUAGUAGUUGGUUUAGAUAAUAGUGGUAAAUCAUCACUAUUAAAUUAUCUUCGACCACGUGAAACUCAAACAGAUUUUAUUGCACCAACGGUUGGUUUUAAUCUUGAGCAUUUUGUAUGCAAAGGUUUAUCAUUUACUGCAUUUGAUAUGAGUGGACAAAGUCGUUAUAGAACAUUAUGGGGAAAUUAUUAUCGUACAACGAAUGGCAUUAUAUUUGUCGUUGAUAGUUCAGAUAAAACACGUAUUCUUGUUGCUCGAGAAGAACUUCAACAAUUACUUUCACAUCCGGAUAUAUCAUCACGCAAUAUUCCAAUAGUAUUUUUUGCUAAUAAAAUGGAUAUACGUGAUGCUUUAUCGGAUGUUGGUGUAUCAUCAGCAUUAGGUCUUGAUGGUGUUACAAAUAAAUCUUGGCAUAUAUGUUCUAGUAAUGCACUUAAAGGUGAAGGUGUAGCUGAUGGAAUUGAAUGGUUAAGUUCAGCUAUUAAGUCUUCGCUUGAUCAAGCCCGGCGAUGA